AUGCUUUCCUCGAGCGUCCAUCGAGCCUUUCAGAGCCGAGAUGCACUAGGUGCCUAUAUUAAGGCGCCGGAGUCGUCGCCAGGGAUCAUAUAUUAUACGGAGGAUUUCGUCGCGAUAGCUGAUCGCUACCCUAAAUCUUCCGUUCACCUUCUUUUACUCCCUAGAGAUCCAUCAAAAUAUCGACUGCAUCCGUUCGAGGCAUUUGAAGAUGCUGAAUUCUUGGCCAAAGUGCAAGCGGAGACUCAGAAGCUACGUAAGAUAGCAGCAUCAGAACUGCGUCGUAUCUAUGGCAAAUUCUCGGUGUUGGAGAAUGCCCGUCUAGAAGCCAUGGAUGCCGAUCCUCCUCCCGAUGAACUCCCCAUUGGAAGAGACUGGGAGCAGGAGAUAAUGUGCGGUGUUCAUGCCCAUCCGUCCAUGAACCACCUCCACAUUCACAUCAUUUCCAAGGACAGAUAUAGCCCGUGCCUUAAGCACAGAAAGCAUUACAACAGUUUUGCUACACCAUUUUUCGUCCCUAUAAAUGAUAUGCCCCUUGGCCCUCAUGACCCGAGGAGGCAUCCUGGAAGGGAAGGCUACCUGCAGCAAGAUUUGAAAUGCUGGAGAUGCGGAGCCAAUUUCGACAAUAAAUUUACAAAACUUAAAGACCACCUAAGCCAAGAGUUUGAAAGUUGGAAGUGCUCCUAA